AUGGUGAUAUAUUAUUUUUUUGUGGACAAUUAUCGACAUGCAACGAUGAGUUCUUGGUCGAUUUUCCGGGAAAAUUUUAAGAAAGUGAUCACCGUAAAAAGAUUGACACCAUAUUUCUUGUUUUGUAUAACUCUAUUCUUUAUCACUCACUUCUUCUUUCCUCGGAAUCCUUACAACCCCAUCAAAGAUCAAAAUGUUGUCCACGUCGUCGAACCUCAGAUCGAUUUGAAAGACUGUGACUUGUCUAAAGGAGAGUGGGUUCCAGACCAAAGAGGGUCUCUGUACACGAACUCGAGUUGUCUUACAAUACCUGACUCGAAGAACUGCUUAAAACAUGGGAGACCAAACAUAGAUUUCUUGUUCUGGAGAUGGAGACCCGAAAGCUGUGAUCUUCCGAGAUUCAAUCCCAAAGCUUUUCUCGAUCUUGUUAGAGGCAAGAAGAUGAAUUUUAUUGGUGAUUCUGUAGCCAGAAAUCACAUGGAGUCUCUUCUUUGCCUCUUGUCAAUGGAAGAAACUCCGAAAGAUAUCUACAAGGAUGCAGAAGACAGAAAUAGGAUAUGGUAUUUUCCUGGUCAUGACUUCACUCUAUCUACCUCAUGGACUAAGUUUCUAGUGGCCGGAUAUGAGAGGACAUACGCUAACAAGACCGGAACAGGAAUUUAUGAUCUCGACAUUGACAAGAUCGACGAGAAAUGGGCGAGAGAUCUGCCAAAUACAGACAUUGCCAUUGUUUCAGCUGGACAUUGGUUAUUCAGACCAAUAUACAUACAUAAAGGAGACGAGACUAUUGGUUGCAUCUACUGUAACUUACCAAAUAUGACUCAGAUUCACAUGAAAGAAGCGUUUAAACUCAUUUUCUCAGCUGCCUUUAAGCACAUCAAUGCAUGUCAUCACUGCAAAGAAAGCUUAGUGACGGUUCUCAGGACGUUUUCGGCUUCUCAGUUUGAGAAUGGGACUUGGAACACUGGAGGAUCGUGCGCAAGGAUGAACCCGUUUAGGUUAGAUGAAAUUGACCUGAAGAGUAGCGUUAUGGAGUUCAGGACAUCGCAGAUGGAACAGCUCGAAGAGAUAAAACGUGGCAGCUCAAAGAAGAAGUUUGCGGCUUUGGAUGUGACUAAGGUCAUGCUAAUGAGACCAGACGGGCACCCGAACUCGUACUGGGGAAACCCAUGGAUGAAGGGUUUUAACGACUGUACUCAUUGGUGCUUGCCCGGACCAAUCGAUACCUGGAGCGAGUUUCUCAUGGAGCUACUUAGACAACUCAUGUAA